GCAUAAUUCUAACACCUUUGCAGUCCAGAGUUUUGCACAUACCGCUAGUUCGGUAACCGCUGAUAGAGUUGACCGAUGACGAUGAAGAACAAUAACCGCGCCCAGGCUUAGCUUUUCGCUGGCCUGUACCGACCGGUAUCCGCUAUUAAAUAGGACCGCGAGCAGUGACCUUCACAGCUCUGUACAACAGCUCCGCUCACAAUUUAACCCCUAUCUAGACUUUUUUCUCUAGUAUGUAUAUAUAUACCCUCACGAAAAACCUUUCACUUCCAGUCAACCACCAUCAACAUAUAAUCACCAGCACUUCUUUCACGAGCCAUGACUGCAGGGAUGCAAGGCCCCUACGUGGGCGUCGGCUCUUACCCCAGCGACCAAGAACCUGCCAUCGAGUUGACACGGACUAUCACUGGGAAAAAAAAUCGCAUUGGGCCCAAUGUCUCCGUAGCGGAAAUGUUGAAAGCAUUGAUCCCUGCGGCUGCGAUGAUUCUGGUCGUGUCCUGGAUCAAUGCAGCUCACAUCUACGGGGUGUUUCACAAUCAAGGAGCAUACGCUCACCAAGCGAAGGUCGCGUUGGCAGACUUUGACGGUGGUAACUUCGGCACGGCUUUGAGGUACUCAGCAGCGAGUACCAACGGCUCAUACGGAUACCCUACCUAUGUCGACGUCAACACUAUUGGCUCAUCGCCUGAGCAGAUCAGACAAGAGGUAUUUAAGGGCACUUACUGGGCUGCGAUCAUAGUGGAGUCAGGAGCGACAGCCCGCUUCGAGGACGCAGUGAACGGCUCAACCCACGUCUACGAUCCCAGCAGUGUCUAUACAUACUACCUUCUGGACGCACGCUACUACACUCUCUACGCUUCAAGUAUCCUUUCAACGACUCUAAUCACCGCAUCGACCGCAUCUGGUAUCUUCAGCGCACAGUUCAUUGCGCCUAUCAUCGCCAGCGGCGGACACGCAAACACUACCGCUGCACUUUCCGCUCUUGCUGGUCCCGCCCGAGCUAUCGAGAUGCCCGCUGCAUCCCAACUCUUUGGCAACUUCGACGAUAAGGCUUUUGUAAACACCAUCGGCGUUGUACUGCCCAUCGUGAUGCAGUUCUUCUUCAUUAUGGCCUGGAAUGGAGUGUGCAAUGGCAUGCACCUAUAUGCUGCGUACGAUCUACGCACACACAUGGUCGCUCGCCUCUUCUGGAGUACCGUCUGGCCUCUCUUCUCCAGUCUGUGCGUUGUUGGUUGGACUUUCACGUUCCGUGGCAGCUACCACAUCGAUGCGAAGAUGUUCUUUGCAUUCUGGGCGGUGACUUGGGUUUUCAACAUGAUCAACUUCGACAUGCUAGAUAUCAUUACGGGUUUCGUUCCUAUGGAAUUCGUGCCUUUCUUGUUCUUGACGUGGAUUAUCUUUAACGUCGUAGGCGCUCUUGGCCCAACCGAGAUCCUCCACCACUGGUACCGCGUCAACUACUUCUUCCCCAGUCUGCAUUGGUAUAAGACCUUCAUCACGAUCAUCACUCAAGGAGCAUGCAACGACUUGCGGUACACACUUCCUGUGCUCGCUGCUUGGCUGCUACUGCUGAAGAUUCUCAGUCCUCUGGCUACAAAGAAUAGGGUCAGGAAGGCGCACGAGGUUUUCGAGUGGUACAACGAACGGAACGCCAUCGGUGGACCUCACUAAGCUCGUUUCCGCACAGAAUAUCUUUGCUCUGUCAACUAUCGUCAUUCAACGCACAAUACCCUAGACUAGACAAGACUAAUCGAUUUUUUUGUUGUAUACAAAAUCAAUCUCC